AUGUUUGAAUUAUAUUCAGAUACAGAAGAGCCACAGCAACUGCCACGAGAUUUCUAUGCCCAAAGACGUAAUUAUUCAAAAGAUAACAAUGCAAAAAAUAUGGACAACAAUAAAUAUGAUGGAUUUCGUAUAUCCGAACAGAGAAGUUAUUGGAAAAAAUUAAGUAUUGAUAUUGAAACUACAAUAACAAAGUUAAAUCAUGGAAACAUAAGAUCAACCAGUAGGAAAUUGCUUAAAUUAAAUAUCAUGCGUGGUAGAGGCUUGCUGUGUCGGUCUAUCAUGGAAUCACAAUCCCAUUCACCCAACUUCACCCAUAUUUAUGCAACGUUGGUUUCAUUCAUCGACCAAAAUUUUCCGAACGUAACUGAACUUCUUCUGGUGAGGUGUAUUUAUGUGUUUACCGAUGCGUACAAAUGCAAACGAGAGAAUAAGUAUGUGCCACCGGUAUUAUUGAUUGCACAUUUAGUGCAAAACAAUGUUGCCAGAGACUGUAGGUUGAUAUUAGAAAUAAUACAACUAUUAAUAAAAACGCCAAAUUUACAUUCGAUUGGCUUGGUAGACAAUAUUUUGAAAGUAUGUGGUGAAAAAUUGAAUUCAAAUCCACAGAAUGAUUUACACUUAAAAUGCACGUUUGAUAAGUUGCAAAAUAUUUCACAAGAUGACCAUAUUGAUGAAUCGGUUCAAUGUUUGGCAAGAACUAUAUUGUUAACAUAUAAAAAUCUAAACGAGGACGAACAGCAGUUAUCUGUAGAUCAUCAUAAACAAUACUCUCAUUUUGGGAUUUUAGAUAAAAACUAUGAUCCUCAGUUUGAAUUAAAUAAUUUUGUGUAUGAUCUGGACUUCAGGUCUAAUGAGAUUAUAUACAAAAUCAGGUCUAAAGAAAUACUGAAGUCAAUACGUAAAACCUACUAUUUUUCAAAUUACAAUAUCGAUGAAUUUGCUGAUGACGAAGAUGAAUGUGAGACACAGACAGACGUGUUAAAAUUAUGCAGCCGUUUAGCAACAAAAAAAAUUAUUUGCAUGAUGGUAAAUUCGAAUUCACAUCCAUAUGAGAUCGCCCUUGAAUUAAUGGCAAUUAAAAUGAAACCGGGUCAGGAAAUAGUACUGUGCUUAGAAUAUUUGGAAUACUGUUUUGAAAAAAAAGCUGUAUUCAAUAAACAUUUUGCAGACAUAAUACAAAUUUGUUGUACAUUGAACCCUUACAUGGUUGCAUCACUGGAAUUAAUUUUCAGGCUUAUUGUGAACGUCGUUGAGCAGAGCCAAAUGAACAGCCUAAAAAACUUAGCAAAAUUGUUUGCGCAACUUUUAUCUUCAAAUUCAAUUUCUUGGAAAAUAUUUUCAGCAGCACGAUUGUCUAAAAUUAUAUAUUCUUAUCAUUAUCAAGAAUAUUUUACGGAACUGUUCAAACGGUUGAUUCUUCUUAUGGGACGCAAUGCUGUAAAAAAACGUAUUUUGGACCCUUCCCUGCAACAAUCGUUCACUGGCUUAUUGCCGUUAAAAGAAGGAUUAUAUAGUAAUUUUUUUUUUUGCUAUAUUUUUUUGGCGUCGAUCAAUUUGUAUGACGUAAUUGUUCCAUUCCAAGAAUCGUUAAGACGAGACAUAUCCGUUUAA